AUCGCAUACAGUCACGCCGCGAUGCCUGAGUCCACCGAGGCUGGCCCUUCAUCACGGCCAGAGGUUCCUGACCUGGCUACCUACUCAUAUCGUCACCUCUUCGAGCACCUCGAUGCUACGAGACAAGCGCAAUCUAGUGCCGAGAUUCACGCAAUCCUGCGCUCUCGAUCCGAUCAACUGUCAAGGUGCGGUGAGGCAUUUCCAAAGGCAUCUGCAGCAUCAAAAUCCAAGCUGGCGGGCCAGUCCAUCACCGUCUCAGGCCAGCAACUCAGCAUCGAUGAUGAUAUCCGCGAUCUCGUCGAGCAUAUCAGCAGCCGUCACGACCUCGACGAGGUGGUCGCUCUCACCUUCCUGCGCUCUUUCCUUGACAGCGAGGAUCGCAGCCUAGACGUUCUUGUAGCCUCGCGAGCACCUUCCUCCUCUUCCAAGCGCAAAGGCCGCUCCUCCCUCGCGGACGAAGCCGUCGCCGAGCUUCUGGAUGCCUUCACCGUCUUCUUGUUCGAAGAGGAGCUACACAUCACUCGCUGCGUCGCUGCUCUGCUGCGCAUUGCAGACGAUGCCGAACACGAUUACUAUCGUGUCGCGCAGGAUUUGCUACCCUCGAUUGCGACGCCCACCUUUGGCCGGGAAUGCCUCUCGCGGAUCAAGGUUCACACCUCUACGCCUCUUCCAUCCUUGAUACGCGACUCGCCUCGCUACUCGCCUUACUGGGCGAAACAUGGCCUUCGUCAGCAGCUCGCAUUACUGGAAGUGGUCUUCCUCCUCUACUACUCGCGACUCAGCCCGUCCGCAGAUGUAGUGGUUGCGGUGCUCACUCUACUACAAGAGACGAGCAUGGGACAACAGCAGGCCAACGAAGCAUUCUUUGACUCGCAAUCCGUGGAGCUACUCGGAUGCGUACAGCAGAUGCUUGCGUUCAUCGCUGUGGAGUCGCUGGAACUCGAAGCGGCAAUGGGCGGCUAUCAACUCCCUUCACCAGACGAUACCAGCGCAGCAGAGCAGCGCUCCAUCUGGCAGAGUGCCGAACACCUCAAUCAAGCGCUAGAGAUUCUCGAGUCAACCUCCUCCGCAGACCCAGCAAAAGCGCCCAUCCUCCUCGCCUGGGCUCUCGUCCUCCAUAAGCUCGACGACGCUCUAGAAGAUGACGUUCCGCCUCACCUGAGCGACCUUGCGCAAGUCAUCACACCAGAAGACGGCGGCCCCCCCAUUUGGACUCGAUUAGCCUCUGCAGCCUUCACACCGGCGAUGGGCCUCUUCCCAGCAAUGAAGUCCAUGGCUCUCUCCCCCUUCCUGGCACCAGACUCCUCUUCGGCGCACUUUGAGGUCACAGUAGCUUCUUCCCUCGCUUUCCGAUCGGUAUUCAAAGGACUGCUACUCGGCAUCACAGAGGUGGUCCGUCCUGAGUACGUCGCAAGCUUUGAUGAUCUUGUCGGGUUGUGGGAGGUCACCUUCGACGCAAGCAGGACAGGAGACACCUCUGAAGAAGCGGCUAUUGGCGUCGGGGCGCUUUGCCAGCAAUUCUGGAGCUACGACAGCCAAUUCGAAACACGCCGUGCUACCCUUGAGACGGCGCAGCGUCGCUGGCCUGUCUCCUUUCGCCCUCUCAUCCGGCUUCUCAAAGCCCUCAAUGGCGUAUGUGGUCGCAGCGAGGCGUCGGACACGGAGGAUGCUGCACUGGCCGUGCUGCGUAGUUUCGAGUCUAUCACAACGAUUGCUCAAGUCCUCCCACCUACAAGCGCUGCGCUUCGGCCACCCUGGGAGGUAUUUGAGAGCCCAGAUUACUCCGUCCUAGACUACAAAGCUACACGUCCCAUCCCUGUGUUCGGGUCACGCCUCGUCAUUCCACCUGGUACGGUGGGGCGAAUGGUGUCGGAGGUGGACCAGACGCCCAUCGUUGUGGUGUGGAACCUGGACGAGGAGCAGAGCAUCAGUGGCUGGCGCGUUGCGCGUGACGUUCUGGCAGACUUUGUGCACCUCCUUCCCGAUCCUACGGCCCUGGUGCCAAAGGACGAGCAAGACAAUGUCUUUGCGAACGGGAAUGGCAAAGGACCAGGCUUUGAUAGCUUCGCACCUAGUGCAGGCGAUCCAGCCGUGGUGGCGACAGAGCUACUGGACCUCUUCUCAUCCGUCCUUGUCGGAGCCCCAUCUAAGGCCGGCGCGCUGCUCAGCCACCUCGAGGAGGAGCCUAACGCUCCUACACUGGUCAGCAUCUUGCGUCGCGUGCUAGAGCAAGGACUGGGUGCUUACGAGAUUCCAAUCAAGCUGGUCACCGCAGCUUUCCGCCUUCUCGGCUUGCUAUUGCAGCAUCGCCCCUCCGAAAUCUGGAUGGUCAUGCGAUCCUCCAACCUCGUGGUGGGAAGCAGCGGUCCUGCCAUCUGGGCAUCGCAUUCCGGUUUGCUCGGGCAAUCCGCGAGCAGCAGCUCCUCCUCCUCGUCCGCACUCCUCUCGUCAGAAAUGGCAACCGGAAACUUCCUCGGCACCCAAUCGCUCCUCAGCUUCCAAUGUAGCCUUCUCGCAGAGCUGCAGCGAUCACAGUGUGCCGUCUCUCCGGACCUGCUCCGCAUCAAAGUCGACGUGCUGCUGCGAGCAAUGGGUUGGAUGGUGGAGAAUGUUUGGCCGGAGCAUGGGAGCUGGAGAUUCAACGAGGCGGGGGAUAAGAUCCGUAUCGGAGCCUUGUGCACGCAGCUCCUUCAAGGCGUGUUCAAUGAUCGUGCGGUCGAUGCUCAGUCUCCCCUGGGUGAGCUCGGCAAGGCUGUGGAGAGCUUGCUUGUCUCGCACGCCUCACUCGUGCACCUCAACUCCCUUGUGAGCACGAUUGGGGCUGGUCAGCAGAUGCUGCUGCGCUUGCAUCGCGCGGGCAAGCAUGCUGAGGCGGAGACGGCGCAUGGAUACGUCGAAGCUUCGUUGCAGCUUGCGACGAGCGUGGUGUACCGCAGGCAGGAGCUAGCUGCAAAGGGUCAGCUGCCCAAGGGUAGAUUGGGCCCUGUCGAACGGCUGUUCCUUGGCGGCGCCACGUCAAGCAGCAACUUAGCGGCUUCCACCGGCGGGAAGACUCGAAGCUCCGCAGCCGUAGCAAUAGUAGGCUACCUCCGCACGAACAUCUCCGUCUCCCUCUCACGCGAAGCGGCUCGCUUCCUCACGGCCCUGGCCAUCUCAAGUGGCAAGACAUUGGCGCUCAGCGAUGAGCUGCAGCUGGCAGUACCCGCUCUCCUCGACAUACUCGACAAUACGCAGCAGGACGUCUCACUACGCGUCGCUUGCUGGACGCUCGCCGCCUUGCUUGUCGAGACGAGAUCGACAGUUGCACGACUGCUGCUUGCGGGCGAUGAAGGAGGGCAAGAAGGACAGGCAUCGCAGCGCACCAUCCUACGCGUUGCGGUCGACUCGCUUACCAUCUGGCAAACGCUCUGGGAUCACGACCCUCAGCUGCUCAGCGCUGUUCUGCACUUCCUCUGCUGCGCAUGGUCGGCCCGUGUGCUGGCUUUGGAUGAGGUGAGAAGCGAUGGGAGAUUCUGGUCGUCUGUCACCGCGUUGAUCGGCGCCUCGAUGGACGAAGACGAGCAUGAGAGCGCGAUAGACUCGGACGCGGAGCAAGAUCACGAGAAAAUUAGCGCCCGCUCGCACCGUCUUAUCAGCAAGACUCGUGCCCUCCUUCUCCUCUCGACCGACUUGGAAGCUUCUCCUCGUCUUCAGCGGCAAGGCUCCAAAACGGCUAGCAUUGAAAGCGCCUUUCAUCUCGUAACUUCUAGUCCCUCAUUCACGGAACUCCUACAAUCAGCGCUCGCCGUUCCCUGCAACCCGGAACUGCACGGCGACGUGAUGGCAAGAAUGGCGGCUACCUUUCCCGAGAUCAGGUUGGAGGCGCUUCGCCAUGCCAAGAGGCGGGACGAGUGGGAUGGGGAGAGAGAGUACGGGCGAGACUAUAUCUACAAUUUGGCGGCUCUCAAGACCAGGCUCCUUGGGCUUUGUGGUGGCAGCACGGAUGCAGACGAUGCAGAUGAUUCCGCUACGGUGAUCGACGAAGCGGUCAUCUCCCGUGUGCUGACCAUGGUGGCGAGUGUCAACCUCGACUGGUCGCUCAUUGAUUCCCGCACCUCGCUGCUGCGCGGCUGGCGCACCUUCCUCGACAAUUUCGCGCGACGUACACGAGCAGAGUACCGCGGACAAGGGCAGGAGAGCAAGCAUCAGCAAGUGCGCGAUGCCUGCCUGCGCGCUUGGCCUGUCGCAGUAAAAAUCGUAGGCGAGGAGCGCCGCGAGGGGGCCGUAAUGGUAGGGCUGCACGCUGAGAGGGCUGCCCUGCUCGAGGUGCUGCUGCAGGCUGCUUGGGGCGGGCAAGACAGCAGCAAGCCGAGUGUGGAGACGGUACGCCAGGUGGUGGAAGAGGUAAAGCGUCUCAUCACGCACGACGUCUUCAGCGUUCAUGCGAGCGUGCAGGGACAGCUGAGUCCGCCCUUCCAUCGGGCCGUCUUCAGCAUAACGCUCCUCGCUGCCAGACGCUGUCGACAGGUCGUGACGCCAAGCUCAGGAGACGCCGCGACGCACAAGACCAUUCAUCACGCGAUUGACGUCUUCACAAGCCAUGCUAUUGUCGCGCUCAGGCACGUCGUGGAUGCAGCAGCCGUGCGACUCAGCAGCAGCGGCGCGACGGACAAGCAGGACCUGACAUCAAUUGAGGAAGAGCUUGCCCUGAUCAGCAGCCUAGUCGAGCUCCUAGUCAGGCAGGACGUGACGCUCGAACCCCACUUUUGGCUCGCCCAAUUCCAGGAGGUAAGGCUACUUCCGGCUCUGGUGUCGCUCUUUCGACGAGCGCCAGUCGCAAGUGGACCAAGCCAUGCCCAGCCUGGCGUUCCGGCCUUCCUGCCCUCGCUCCUCUCCCUCUUUCUAUCUCUAGCAGCCCGCCCUCAAGCGACCGAGCAGCUGGUCCUCUCCGGUCUCAUGUCUGCGCUCACGAGCAACGCCCUCACUCCGAUUCUGGAGUCGGGAGGACUCGCACCCACGGCGGGCAAUGCCGCGCAUGCUAGCUGGCUGAACAUGCUGCGUCUGGUCAUUGCCGCGGUGGACAAUUUAGACGGAACAGCAGUGGACGACGAGGGCAUGGCUACGGGCAGGUCUUGGGCCCCUUCGGCUUCAAGACGAUUUGUGGUCACGGAGGUGGUGGGCUUCGUGCGGCUGUACGGUGCUCAGCUAGCCCGCAGUCUGGAAUUCGCGCCGGUCGGCAAGUUCUCCACCUCCUCAGCGAGCAGUCUACGACGUAGCACUUUCAAGCCCUUCAGCCUCGAGGGGCAGACCCAAGGGCAGCAUCAGCAGGCUCAAAUCGUCACGCACGCGCAACUCGAAGAAGCAGAAGUGGUCUCCCGCCUCUUCCUCGUCAUGGCGGCUGCAGAUGCCAAUGGCGAGGAUCAGUCACGUCGUACUCAGGACGACGUAGGCUCUGCAGGUCUCGCAGAAAUCUUGAGCACGUUUGCGUCCCGUGUCACGCAAGGGCCGAUGUUGCAGCAGGUGGUCUACCUGGCUCAGAGGCCAAGACAGCUGGCUGCUCUCCUGCGUGGCAGCGGCGGAGGUGAGGACGGCAGGGUGCCGGCUACGGGAGGUGAGGAGGCAUGGGAGCGUCACGCUCUCUCCCAGCUGGUGCGCAUCGCCAUGUCCACCAUCUCUGCCUUGUGGCACUACACUCGCGGAUCUGUGGUGCUCAGCCAGUCGGCUGCGGGGGGCGCUACUUCGAGGCAACAGCAGCAACCUGUCCUGAUUGUUAGGCCGACAAUGCGCACCUCUCCCAGCGAUCCGGCAAGUAUUGGUACUCUACUGGACGCAGGCGCGUUCUGUGUCGAGGCGCUACGCAACGGCAACGAUGGAUCUUCUAGCUCGCUGGAUCCCUCGAUGCUCGCGGCCACUCUCGAGGAAUGUCUCUGCCUGUGCGUCACGCAGCUCCUCCUCGCCUCAUCCGGCCAUCAGGAUACGGAUGUCGAAGCUGGUAUUCAGAGAGACGUAGAGGCGGCGGUGGAAGGAGCAAUUGAUGUCAUUGGGAAGGGUGUGGAUGGAGAGGAUUCGCAGGUGCUGUUACGAGGGUUGCUAUCCCUGCUUGGAGGAAGGAGAGAGGGUGGAGAGGAACGUGGGAAAGAUGAGUAAGAGUGGGGCAGGGCGAGGUACGGUGCAUUGCAGUGGCGGCCGUGCGUUGUGAGGUUGAGCACUGGCGUUUGACGUACCGCGAACGUUCCCGACGGAGCGGAGACCCAUCAUCAUCUGAACCAGUCAACAAGAUCAAAUGUCUCGACGCGUGGUCGGACGUUGACUGAAUCGGGGUCCAUGUGCCAGGGCGGCCGUGCACUCAAUCGAUCGAGCCCCAGCCAAUU